UGUCGGUAACAGCUUAUUUUCUGGAGAAGAAAGGAAACUCGACAAUCUUAGAACAUUUGAGUGGAAGGUUUAAAUUAGUUUCCGGAAGUUUAUAUUGUGCAGCUACAUUUCUGUUGAUAAUAUUCUACCAGAGUGCAUACAUGACUAAGAGAAAGGCAGAGCGCAUACUUUACGAAGUCCCUUUAAAAAGAUGUAUCCGUUCAUAUACCACGAGAGGUGAUGCUGGUACCAGCAGCGAUGACAUUACGAAGGACCGCACACUAUGCUCAAACAGAGGAAAUCCAGAUUUAGUAAAGCAUUCCACAAGGAAAAGAAAAAUGACUCACGAAGAAAAUGAACGGGGGGAAGACGGACCGUCGUGUAAAAGCUGGAACAAGAAAGAACCAAAUGAAAAUGAAAAGGACUUGAGUCAAACACAAAGCAGAGUGGUGGAGCUGAAUUCUGGAACUUUCUACGCGGAUGGCCAACAUGUGGCAGCUAGUGCUGGUGUCACUGGACAAAGAAAUACAAAUAAAAGAAGCGAGAUGCACGACUGGAAACCGAAACUCGAUAUGACUACCCCAUCAGAAAAGGAGCUUUGUCAUUUCAACACAUUUCAGUACUGGAGGGUUCCUCUGCCUGAUGUAGAUCUCUCAGAACUUCAGGAUCCUGCAGCUGAGGGGAACAGGCUGGCUGAUCAAACCUCAACAGAACGGACACAUAUUGAAAUGGAAACAUGAUUUUGUAUCUGUUGUAGAAAUUGGAAAACAAGAGCGUUACUGUUUGUUUUCAAAAUGUAAUUAUGCACAUAGUGAAUGUGGAAAUAGCCACUUUUGACUGGAUUACACAAACAUGUAGGCAUUGCAGAAUAUGAGCACCGGUUCAGAUUUUGAUCAUCUUUUUCUCUGUGUGGCUUCCAAGAGGAUCAUAGUCUGUCAUUUUAGUUUGCUCAGUGAUUUCUGAAGUGGUCAUUUUUCUGUGUGUUUAAAACCCCCCACUAUUUGCACAUUUUUUCCUACAGGUACGUGUGUUCACUAUUUACACUGAACAAUACAUAUUCGUGCCUAAUGGGUUUGCAUUCUUCCAGGACUAGCUAGUUCAAGAGGUUAUAUUUAGCAACAAUGAAUUAAUUGCAAGAAAUAUUUAGCAUUUUCUAAUCCAAUUUAAUUACAUGACAGGCAGGAUUUCUCAGUUUAGCUGUAUUUUUUUUUGUUUAAAAGAAUACCGUACAUUUUUGUAUGGUACGGUAUACUGUAUGAGAAACGGUGUUUGACAUAAUUAUUGUAUGUAUCUGAAUUAAGUGUGCAUGUAUUUGCAAACUAGGGGAAUACAGUAACAAAUAAAGAUUUUUUUACACCAUUUAA